AUGAGCGUCCUGGGUGUUGAAUUUGAUCGCACUUUGGUGCUGUUAAACGAUGAAAAUCGGUUCGUGCGGAAAAAGGCGUUGAAUGACAUCGGUUCCUAUUUGUCAACAAAAUCGGGAUAUCUUAACUAUGUCUACAAUGAGCGCAGCCUUCUCCCGCUAACCGAGCUUGCCCAGAGCCUGUCUUCUACAUUGAACGACAAUAUAGAAGUGAACCGCGAGCUUGCGGUUAAGAUAAAUCAUAUGUUGCUGGAUUUAACUCCUGAUAUUUGCAAUGUAGCUUCCUCCUUAAUACCCGUCCUCGUUAAGCGUUUGGGUCAAAAGGAGGUUGUGGAACCAUCAGAGGAACUGCGGCUGGACACCCUACGGUUGGUUCAAGUCAUGUCUGAGAAGAUGUCGGAUAUUACUCCUUUUGUUGACGAAUUGCUGACCAUUAUUCAACAUUCCUUGAUGGAUUCUUAUCACGAGGUAAAAAAGCUUUCCUGCAACAUCGCACAGGAGCUCGCACAAAAAGGAGGGGAACGCUUUUAUAGAACUUCAGAGUGCCUUAUUAACCCAUUACUCGCUAAUCUUAUCCACCAACAUUCUAAGGUUCGAGUAGCUGCCAUCCAAGCUAUUGGGACGGUUCUUGUCCACAGUCAAAGCAAAUUAGUGGACCAGACAAUUUUGCCACUGACUCAGCGUCUGUUCGAUCCUGCCUGCGCUGUCCGGCGUAGUGUAGUUGAGAUCGAUAUUCAUAUCACACAAGCCUUCUUCCGCUCAUUCUUACUGGGAUGCUGGAUGAUUCCGUUGAAAUACGUGAGCUUACGGAGAGCCUCUGGCACGACAUUGUUUGAAAAGGAGAACGAAGAACAACUAAAGGACAAGCUCGAUUUUCAGACAGGGCCUCCAUAUUAUUAUCCGCUUGGUUGCCUGCAACCUACUUUUGAAUAUAGCCACAUCACUGUGAAACUAUGA